AUGUCUCUCAAAACCUUGUUUGAGGUGGAGGCCGUUGGCGGCUCAGGGAUCGUAUUAACAGUGGAACAGGAGCAGAUUCAGAAGAGGACAUUCACAAACUGGAUCAAUGCACAGCUCUCCAAGAGGAGCCAUCCAACUGUUGUCCAGGAUCUGUUCUCAGAUCUUCGAGAUGGGACUCGACUGCUUGACCUGCUGGAGGUGAUGAGUGGCCAACGCAUGAAGCGCGAGCGGGGUCAUGGUGUGUUUCAGCAGAGAGGCAACAUUGAGACUGCUUUGAACUUCUUGAAGAAUAAAUCGAUCAAGCUGGUGAACAUAAACAUCCCAGACAUCAUAGAGGGGAAACCUUCCAUCAUUAUGGGCCUGAUAUGGACCAUCAUUCUGCACUGUCACAUAGAGGAGCUAGCCAACACUCUCUCUUACGGAUCCCGUUCAUCCUCCCUGGAUUCUCUGUCCAGUCUAGAUUCUGUUCCUGGAUCUCCACGCAGUAGUCCUGUUCCACGUGGAGCAUCACCGCUCCGCACCCGCUUCCGUCUGUCUGCUAAGAAGGCUUUGCUCCUGUGGGUUCGGGACCAGUGCCAGAAAGUUGGUUGCUCAGCCAGUGUGAGGGACUUUAAGUCCAGCUGGAGGAGUGGUGAGGUGUUUCUGGCCAUCCUCUGCUCUCUUAGACCUGAUCUGGUGGACCUCUCUCAAGUCCAGACCAGCAGCCACCGGGAAAACUUGGAGAGGGCGUUUUACCUCGCUGAGAAGGAGCUCAGAAUUCCCAGACUGCUCGAGCCAGAAGACAUUGAUGUCAGUAACCCUGAUGAGAAGUCUAUCAUGACAUACAUUGCUCAGUUCCUGCAGUACUCCAACGACCUGCCCGUAGCUGAUGACGAUUUUGAGGCUUCACCCAGUCAGAAAGCCAGAGAGAUGAAAUGCUGGCUAGAGCGAGCCUAUCAGGAGUUAUUGGAGGCAUGGAAUUCCACAGAGGGGAAUGGAUAUGCCGAGAGGUAUCAGGCAUUUCAGAACUUUUUGGGGACUUAUUAUGACCAGCGAUGUCCAGUUAUUACAGUUCUCAGCGCAAUGAGACACUGCGCUAAACCAAGUGAGGAGCAGAUGGCAUUGAGAAAAGCCUGGGACACCAUGGAGGAGAGGUUGCAAGAGUACAGAACAGAGCUUGAUGUUGGUUUGCCAGCCCCUCUGAACACACUGGGCCGGUGGCUCCAGCAUAUGGAAGCUGUGCUGUCUGAAGACAGCGGGAGCACAGAAGAUCAUGCACUUGCUGCCAGAGAUGCCAGACACAAGCAAGAACAGCUGAAGGUCUUGGUUGAGGACUUAAGCCAGCACUUGAACACCCUUCAUCACUACCGUAACACAGAUGAUGAUGGCUGUCUUCAAGUGCCAAUCGAGAAGCUGGAGGAGAUCAAGAGACGUUUUACCAGUGCCAGAGUGACAGCCAAGUACCACGGCAUCAAGCUACAAUACAGAGAGCAGAUGCACCAUGUUUAUGACCUGCUGGGAUGUCUGAAGUCUAAGCUGAGCCUGUGGAGAGGACCUUAUGGCUCCCAAGAGUCUGUGCACUCUCUGCAACAGGAUUGGCAUGACACUGUUGACAAGCAAGGCCUGGUGUGGAUGUUGAAGGAAGCACUUCAUAAGCUGAAGGACACAGCAGUCAGUUAUACCAACAAAGCAGCUCUGGCCGACGACUCGCCUGUGGUAAACAGGCAGGUAAAGGAGGCCGAUAGUGAGACGGGAGUCAGUACAGAAGCUGCAGAAGCAGCAAGAUCCACCAUGGAGCGUGUGCUGGCUGCAUGGGUGUCCUACAAAGACUGCCUGUAUUUAUUACAGGUCUGGCUGGGCCAGGAGGGACAAUCAGAGGCACACGGGCAGGAGCACAAGCAUUUUUCCUCCAACUUGAAUGAGUGGAGAUCACGUCAAGCCCAGCUGAAUGAGGCGGGAAACUUUCUCAUUGAUAUGAGUGAUGCCUCCACCAGCCACUCUCUGACUGAAGAGCUCCGCAAACUGAACAUACAGUGGGCUGACUUUAUAAAAAGGACCAAGUUUGCAGUGGCCCCUCCGCCCAUCGCUGCAGUCCUGGGUGUCCAGGCUGCUCAGUCUCUGAUGCAGGAAGCCAGCUGGGUGCUUAGAGAGACUGUGGAGGCGUCAUCUGGACCUCUACGCAUUUACAGAAAGAAACUCCAGGGCAUAAUUAAGAAGAUGUCAGCGUUCAAUUUGAACUCUUUGUCUCCAUCUCCAGACUGCAAAGAAGAAACUCUACAGAAACUCAGACAAACUCUUCCAGAGACAUUUGAGACUUUGACCCGGGUGGAUCAGGUGUGUGAGAGACUCCAAAAAGCAACAUCUCUGCUCGAGGGCAGGCUGGCUGAGCUUGAAAACUGGAGCACAGAAGCCCAAGAGGUCUGCAACCACCUAAAAGAAAGGCAGCAUAGGGGCCACCGGGGGCCACAUCCCAGGGCUAAAGGACUGAUCUCCAGAGGUCUACAGUUGGAAGGACAGGUGGUGACAGAAGGUGAGGACCUGCAGGUGCUUGUGACAUCGGUGCAAAAGAACUCCUCCCUGCCUUACUUCAGAACAUCUGCAUUACAAGACCGACUGCAACGGACUGUCUCGCACUGUCAGGAGGUUACCGAGAUGCUCAGUUCUCAUGGAGUGAAGCGUGAAGGACAGCCUAAAGGUGCACAGCCCGCUUCCAAGGUUUUCGUACAGGCAUAUUCUCAGCCUGAAUCCCAAAUUGGAACCAUUCAACACCAUCAGAAACAGACAUUCUCCAAAAGCAGCAUACUUUCUCCAGAGAGCCCAGUAGAACAUCAAAGCCAAGAACUCUAUUCUUCUCAGUUGAAAGCCACCAGUGGCGUACAGCCCCAGGUUCUCCAACAGAAUCAUGAUAAAUCUCCAAAAGACCAAAGAAAAGCUAUGUGCCAAGUACAGCAUGCAGAGCUCAAACAGCCUUUGUUGUCAUCUGUUGUUGGCAGGAAGGUUGAAAUGAAACCCCAGACUGAAGUUCAACUGAUCUCUGUAGACUCGAGCCUAACCAGUAGCUUUGGACCCUUAGACCCUUUGCAGGUUAUCUCUGUAGACCCAAACCAAACCAGUGACUUCAGACCAUCAGAGCUACAGGUUCUCUCAAGCCAAACCAGUGGAUUUAGGCCAUUAGACUCUAUCCAGGUUAUAUCUGUAGAUUCAGGCGAAACCAGGGACUUUGAACCAUCCGACCUUCAGGUUAUCUCUGUAGACUCAAGCCAAACCAGUGGCAUUGAACAAUCAAACCCUCUGCAGUCUCUAUCUUCAACUAUGUCCAGCCCAAGCACAUUGCUUACAUCGGUUACCAUGACUCAACUAAAAAUGCCAGGCGAGCAGCAUCUUGGUUCACCACCAAAAUGGCAACCUCAAACCACCUUGGUGACCCCACACCAAAGACAAAGGGUUCUGGCCAAAAGUCACAGUUUUCCUCAGCCCCAUGAGCCAUCACAAACUCUGCCUGUAACCUCGCUUGCAUCCUGCCCAAGCACUUUGCAUACACUGGUAACAGUGACUCAACAAACGAUGCCAAUCAAGCAGCCACCAAAAUGGCAACCUCUGACCUCCCUGACAACCCUACACCAAAGACAAACGGUUCUAUCCAAAAGUCACAGCUUUCCACAGCCAUCAGAGGCUCCAGGUGUUCCCCAUGUCCCAGUACAGAAUGAGGUGUAUACUAGAGCUCAGGCUUUGGCCAGGAGCAGACUGGAUAAAGCCAAAAAGCACCUGCAUGAACAUAUACAAGAUGUCAUCUCUGUGAUCAGUACCAGAGACAAAUCUAAAAAACAAGCCAAUAAAAAACAGGCGGUGUCACGUAUUCUCAGGCCUGCAGUGUUGGAGACGUUUCUAGAAGCCGUGAAGAGAAUGGGGGAUUUCUGCUCUGAUGCCCAGCUCAGAGACAUGGACCUCCUCUCUCAGUCAGUCAGGGCCCAGUGGGAGGUAUGUGCCACAGCAGCUGUGCGUUCAGUGCAUCUGGAAGCCUUGAGAAGAAUUACAGAGAGUCUGCAGCCUGCAGAGAGUGUUCUUCUCAGCACCACCCAUCUGAGAACAGACACAAAGAAGGUGGAGACUGUUCAGUGCCGCACAGACUCCACAAGUGCCUUGGCACCAUGCCAGGAUGGCAGGGGGGGAGCAGUCAAGGACUGUGUCCUGGUGAGAAAGACUGUACUGCUGGAUGACCUAAGCCUUGACCACUCGCAGGCUGUUGUCCAGACCAACAUUGUGGAGAUAAAACAGAUACCAGAGAGGACCGUCAUCCACCCCUGUUCAGCACAGGAAGAGAAGGUUACCACAGAGGAAACUCAAAGCAGCUACAGUGCUGUUCAGUCAGUCUUCCAGCAGCAGCUGCUUAACAACAGUCAGCAGCUAGGAUCAGAGUUUCCCAUCAGCCCCGGCAGCAAUGCCAGUAUCUCUGCUGACUCCCUGAGAAUUCAACUCCAGCACCUACUGGCUCUUAAGGACCGGACAGAUGCUCUUUGGUGUGAGUUUGAGCUUCAGUAUUCCCAGAGCUCUCAGCGCAUGGAAGAUGGCUGUAAUAUGGAGCAGGAGAGAACUCUGCUUAUUCAACAGUGGAAGGAACAACAGAUGUGCUUUCAGGCCAGGGUGAAGUCCCUUGAAACUGCGGUAGAGCUGCUGGAGUCUGCGGACAAUCAGAUCAGACUGAUUUCUGAUCAUAUCAAACAGAUUAGUCAGAAACCUCUGAAUAUUAGAAACUUUGCCGUUGCUGAUCCCAAAAAUCUACAUGAAGAAAUAAAGCGUCUAGAUGAAAGUAUCGAGAAGGAGCUGUUUCUGCUUAAGAGUGACGGUUCAGUUAGUGAUGCUUCUCAUCUGAGUCCCAUUGAGCUCCAAGCUCAUCUUCCUCUGCAGCAAACGCUCCACAGCCGCACAAAAUGCUUGGACCAGCAAAGACAAUGUCUGAGAAAGAGUGAAUCAGCCCUGGUGGGCCUCGUGAACCUCCUAUCCCAUCUCCAGAAGGUGAAUGCCGAAUUCAAUGCAGCUCACAGUGCAUCAAAUCACAGUUUAGUCUCUAUCCGGCAAAGCCUUCAGCAGGCCAGGGAUGAAUCGGUUCAGCUAGACCAACUGCUGGAUGAUGCUGGUAUGAGAAUAACUCUGGAUGAUAAACCAGGCAGCUGUCAUGAGAUGGUUUCAGCUCUGGCUCUGCGUGUUGAAGAGGUCGAGGCCAGACUGGCUGUAGGGCUGAAGCAGUCUGACAGAGGAGGGAAAGGAAGAGUGGAGGGAGAACAGAUGGACAGAGCGUUCGUUAGGAAGAGGAUGGGCCUGCAGGUCACCCUGAGGGAGGUGCUGACGGCACUCGAAAAACAUGGGCUGAAGGAGCCCACACUUCCUGCACUACAGCACAGGUUACGCUUCCUGACAGACAUGGAGAGUAAACUGGUUGCACUACGCUCAGAGAUUCAGGAUCUAACAAAUACUUGUGCACAGACAAGCACCUCAGACACAGGCAUCAGCGAGCUGCAGACGCAAUUGGAAAACGCGCACAGAGCAGUCACAGAGAGUCGUGAACAGUGUGUCUCUCUGACUGAAUUACUGAAGAAGUUUCAGAGCUGCCGAAAUCGCUUGGGCAGCACUUUGCAGAAAGCAGAGCAGACUAUUGGUGAUCAGGCCUCCUAUAUGGGCAAAGACAACCUGCAGCUCUUGAUCAGUAAGGAUGAGCUCAGGAUUCAAGAGGAGAACAUUGAACAUUUCCAUCGCAGAUCAUCAGAGAUCCAGGAGCUGCUGCAGAGUCGUGAGUUCCUACUGGAGCUACAGGUGAUUGAGAGCCAGCUGAGGAAGAAGAUGGCAGAGGUGAAGGAGCUCUUUUCUGAGGCCAGUGAUGUUUUCAGACAGCUGGAAGCUGCCAAAGGGAAGGUGGCGUCUGAUAUUGCAGAUCACCUGUCCUCCAUUCAAACUAUCACAAAUGCACUGACCUCACUGACCACAUCUGAAAGCCCACAGGUCGUCAACACCGUCCAGGGCUUAUCGGAGAAGCUGCAAGCAGAGGCAGAGCAGGUCGAUGCAUUACUGCAGCAGAUAAAUCUUCUGGCCAGCAUUGCAGGUCUAGAAAACCUGCAGGCACUGGCUGAAGAUGGAGCUCAACUUCAAAAAAGCAUCUGCAUGGCUAGAGAGCUGGUCAUAGAGAAGAGAGAGCAAGCGAUGUACCCCAACAGACCUGAAAAUCUUCAGAUGGCCCGAGAUCCCAAGCACAUUAAGUGGCGGAUCAAAAAAACAGAAGAUACUGCGUCUGAGAUACAGUGUGAAUCUUAUGGUAAAACAGAGGAACAGUCACACAGAGGCCAGACACAAGAUCCUCUUCUUGAGUUGAAAGACUUCAAAGAGCAGGCCUGCAGCUGGACCAGUGAACUGCAUCUGAAGAGUGAUUUUCAGGUUUCUGAGGAUGAGAACCGACAGAUCACACUUGAAGAGAAACUCACAGCUGUGCAGGUAGUUUUCUUGUCAAGGGGAUUUCAUGUGAAUGAAAAAGUUCUUGCCAGCUGGUCCGAUUGUCGAUUUUAUCCUGCGAAAGUCUUGGAUGUCAAUAAAGAUGCAUCCUACACUGUCAAGUUCUAUGAUGGUGUCGUCCAAACAGUCAAAGGAAUCCAUGUGAAACCCUCAACCAAAGAGAGAAGAAAGAAAUUAACUGCUAAAAAUGGAGAGACACCCAUGUUAAAAAAGACAGAAAAGGACAAGAACAUGCAGGAGGAGAAUGGAAUCAGCGGUGCUAAACAAGCAGCAGGACAAACUGACUGUGUUCCUGAGGAAGAGGAAGAUGAGAUCUCAGAUUUGGAUAGAGAAGAAGGUGAACAGAAGAAAAGCAAUGGGAAUGGGACAUGCCUUAAAGUGGAAAACGUAAGCGUAAAGGAGGAAAAUGAGGAGAGAGUCUUGGAGCAAUAUGAAGAAAUGCACCGAGCAAAUUCAGAUUCAUCUGCCGGGAACAAAACGUCCCAAAACAGAGGAUCAGGAGCAGACGGUGAGGAUCAAAUGAGGCAUGCGGAGCAGCCUACGGGGACACAUGUGUGGGCCACUUUACUGAACACCAUCACUAAGGUUCAGCCCCUUCUGAUCACCAGUCACGGUACUGAGGAAUCUAGACCAAGGAAAGAUUCUUGGCUUCAGAACUCAUCACUCUUAGAGUCUGACAGCGGUCUGGCAUGGACUGUCCUGUGGGUUUUCAGAUGUCGGUACAGACCGGCCCAACUUAGCAUUGUACAUAUGGCUCAUCAGCUGGAAGAAGUUGAGAUCUGCCGGCAAUAUGUCCUGGAGCAGGUGUCUAGACUGCCUCAAUGUGAAUCUAGUGCAGGACGCUCCACAGAGCUUGAGAUGAGCAUAGAGGACAGAUGGAACAGAGUACUGCUGGAUACCUCAACCAUGGUGGAGUUCAAAAAGGCACAGCUCCAGCAGGUCACACAGUACCACCAGCAAAAACGGGUUCUCACGGAUACUCUACAUAACCUGGAGGCUGAGCUCAACACAAUGACACAGGAUUGCAUUGACAGCAGCACCUUGCAAGUGGAGAAGCUGAAUGCAUUCCUGAAGAACAUGCAGAAGAAGAGAGGCAUACUAGAGGAACUCCUACAGACAUGCUCUCAGAUUUCAGCCCAUCUGGAUGAGGCAGAGGGACCUGUGGCCUGCAUUGAACCUUUCAGGACUUUACAGGAGAGAUGGGAAACUAUAGAGCGGGUUGCCUCCAGCAGUCUGUGGUGUGCUAACAUCUGCACAGCAGAAGUAUCUGCACUCCUGCAAGAAGCCAGAGAUCUGCACCAUGAACUGGAGCUUCUGGAGAAGUCAGUUUCUCUUCCGCAUCCCUCUCGAGGACAAAUGGACUGCCGAAGUGAGCUACAAGAAACUGUCAGAUCUGCAAACCUGACAGCGUUAGCGGAGCUCUACGUGUACCUUCUUGAGGUCUCUCAGGCUCUUUCCUCAAGUCCGCUGGGAAAAAAAGAGCUCAGAGAUGUUGAGGACGCAAUGCAGGGCCUGAAAUCUCAGCUUGCUCUGACUCAGGAGACGCUCAGCUCUCAGACUUCGAAUGGCAAUGGCUGUUCACCGAUCACGAGGAUUAUAAGGGACUAUGUUACAUGGGCUAAACAUUCGGAAAGCGAAGUCAGCAGGAGAAGGAGUUUGGCUCUGUUUCCUGAAGAGGCGAGUCACCAGGUCAGCCACAUGAAGAAACUGCAGUCUGAAACAUCUCUUAAGAAGUUUCAGUUGGCCUCUGUAUUGAAAGAGCUAAGAGAGGAAGUUACAGGACUUGACAAGGAGGAUUCCAUGUCUCCCACCCUUGCUUGCCUAGAGGAUUUGUACGUUAAGAUUACAGAGAAGACCGAAUGUGCUGUUGCAGAAAUGAACAGACUGUUUCAUAUAAGAGAGAGACUGUGGAAACAGAUCACUGACAGCAGCUCUUGGUUAACCUCAGUAUUAGAAAAAGAGUCUGGUAAAACAGUGGCUUCUGAACCUAAAACUACUAUCCCAGAAUUGAGGGUUCAGCUUCAGGUAUGCACAGAGGCUUUGAAGGAAGCCGAGAGACAAGCAAAUAACUUGGAGAUUCUGUUAGAUGAAGUAAAAAGUGUGAAUCACGGUCUGAGUGUACUCGAAAGCUUUCAGCUUAUCAAUAGGCUAACAGCCUUACAAGAAGAGGUAUCUAGGGUUGUGAACCGUAAGUGGGCCUUGCGCUGGGUGCUUGAAGAACUCCUUCAUGCUCAGGAAUCUUCUGCUGAGGAACAGAACGUCAUUCUGAAGAGCUUGAGACAGAUGAGUGCUGAUGUCAUGAGGCAGAAGUAUCCCGUAACAAGGGACUCGCUCUUGGCUCUUGAACCUGUUCAGCACAUUCUGAUGGAGCUCCUGUGCAAGGUGCCGGAAAUUCCACACUGCCCAGAUUCUCGGAGAAAAGAGAUGCUCAACACUAUAUUAGACCUACAGAGGAGAAUGCAUCUGCUGGAGUUGCAAGCCAAAGAGCAUGAGGAGUGCCUCAUUUUAAGGCAGCACAUGGAGAACUCCAAAGAGGUGGUGAAGAAGAGCUUGUCGCAGAUUGUAGACUCAAGUGUAGGAGCUGACAUAAGGCUCGGCUUUUGUCAGGCUGUCCUGGUGGAGCUACCUCUGGUGAGAAUGACAUGUCAAGAGGCCGCUGACCACCUUGAGGCCAUUUCGAAAGAUCUCUAUCCAUCCCAGCUGACAGCAGAAAGGCAAAAAAUCAGUUUGGUCAUUGAGCAGCUCGCCUCUUGGGAGCUCACAGUAAAAAAUGAGGCUAAAACCCUUGAGUGCUCUCUGGCAGAGCGACUUGGGAGUCCUACAGACCUCAGUCCAUUCACUGAGCUCUUCAACAGUGUCAGGCAGCAGCUGAAGGAGAGCAUCUGCUUGGAUCCAGAUAAUGAGACCAUUGAUGCAGAGCUACGAAAGCACUGGAUGCAAAUCCAGACCGUUGAGUCUGUUCUACGAAUGCUAGAGCACUGCAGGAGAGCAGUAGAUGCUGAAAACUACCAGACGGCCACUGGUCUUGGCCAGAAAACUCUUAAUGAUUGCGGUAUGCAUAUGGACAAGCUGCUCCAAGCUCGGGAGGCACUGAAGCAUUACCACUGGGCUGUUCAGGGUGCAGAGAGCUUCUUUCAGCAGAUUGGAUCCAAUCUCAUGAUCCCCUCUGAUGGCUUCAAAGGCUACAAAGAGCAGCAUCGCUCUAUUCAACAGAUUUUCAGCACUCUGGUUGAGGGUUUCCAGACCCGCUUGUCUGAAGUUGGUGCUUCUGUUCCCCAGCAGACAUGCCUCUCCAUCCCUCUAACCGAGCAGCUUCAUAUUGAGGUUUUGAGUCACCUUAUAGUACAAGAUGCCAAAUUAGAAUCUCAGGCUCAGCUCAGACUUGAGGCCUUACAGAGGUCCAUGAAAGACCAAAUUGUUCACAUGAGUCACCAUGAAGAAAUGAGCCAACUUCUCAAAAAUGUUGAUUCUCGAAUCUCUAGUCAAUGCUUAAGUCAAAAACCGACUGAUUCCAAAGCCUGCCAAGAUCAACAGCUGAAAGUAAAGUUGCUCCAGACAGAGCUAAAGAACCUCGCUAAAAGGCUGGAGGAAUUGAGGGAAAGUUGCCCAGGUCUACGCUGCAAAGCACCUGUGGAUCUGAUGCUGGGACAGCUGUGGAGGUCUUGGGCAGUGCUGCAGUGGAGAUUAGAAUCACUCAAAGCCAGCUCGUCUCAUAAAGAAGCAGAGUGGAGAGACUUUGUGAUACGUCUGAAUAAAUCAAAGGAAGGUCUUGACAGACUGCAGAAUGAUCUUCCAGACUCCACUAUGGUGGCGGGAUCCUUGGUGGAUCUUCAGGUUGUUCUGAGCCUCACUGAGCGCCUUCAAGAUGGGAUUGAGCAGGAGCAUCACACUUUGGCAUCUCUACAACACAAUGUGGCACGAUUGCUUGGGGUCUCAAAUUUGCAGCAGCUGAAAGUGUGCCCUCAAAUCUGCCAGGACUUGCAGUCUUUACAGGGUCAUUGCAGAAGCCUCAGAGAUCAGAGCAAUAACAUCCGUCGGGAGGUGCUUUUUGAGAUCCAGGAGUUGGGUCGUGUGCAGGAGGAGUUGAGUGCCAUUCAGCAGAAUGUUCUCUCUCUUUUGGCGGUUUUAGAGUCAGAGUCAGCUGCUCAACACUUACAGGAAGUCAAAAUGGAAUUGGUUUCACAGAAGGCUCGACUGCAGGAUGUCAUGGACAGAGUGCAGAAGAAAUGGAGCUGUGUACCCUCAGAGAUUCAAAUCUUACAGAAUGAGCUUGACGUCUCCAUGCAGGAGGCUAAGGACAAAUUGGGCAUGGUCAUGGAGAGAAGUGGUCCUCUCCAUAAAAUGGGUGAGCUGAUUGGAGAGGUGACCGUAGGCUUGAAUUGUGUGCAGGCCCUGCUAAAACAAACAAGUCCUAAUUUUUCUGAGGCCGAACGUACACAAAAGCGUAUAUGGGAUGAGCUGGACCAGUGGCACACGCGAAUAGCUGAGCUGGAGGCUGAGGUGCAGGAUCUGGCUGAGCAAAAGCCUGAGAGAGAACACGUCCUAAUGGACCAGCUCACGGAGCCUCUGCAGCUCUACCAGACCACAGCAAAACAGGCCGAGCAAAGGACCGCCCUCCUCAGCAAAAUCCCUGCCUGUCUGCAGGACUAUGAGGGUUUACUCAAUAGCUCCAACUGCUGGUUGAGAGAGGCUCAGUCCUGGCUGGUCGCUCCCAGAACCUACACCACUGCGAAAUGCAUCCACUGCCACGCCAACUCCCUCAAGAUGAUGCUGGAUGAAUCAGAGGGAUACAGGGCAGCUCUGGAGGCCUUCCUGCCUGCCCUGCAGGAGAUCACUCUGGUGUGUGACACCAGCCCUCAACAACAACUUCUCCAACUGUGUAUACAAAACAUCACACUCAUACAGCAAAGCGUUUUGGAGCCUCUCUCCCACCUUCAGCACCUAGCAGCUGAGAUGGACGCCAUUGAAGCAGAGGUAAAGACAAUGGAGAAAAAUAUAACUAAGAUCAGAACAAUUCUUUCGGCCACUGACACAGAGAACAUUUUUCCUGAGGAACAUCUUGAGAACAUGCAGGUCAUUCUGGAUAAUGUUCAGUCAAUGAAGAGGACCAUUGAUGAGAUUGAGAGCUGCAGGCCAGGCCUGGGGCUUCCUGCUGGGGCAGAGCAGACUCUCACAGCCUUCCAUAGGGCCCAAGAGCUCCUGCAGCCAAUCCAGGAGCUACAGCAGCUCAGUGUGGAGCGGAACACCGCGUUAAUGGCCUCUAUUGGGCAACCAGCUGAAAUGAUUCUCCCUUCAGACCAAACCACAGAAUUCACGAUGCCUCAUCUUUACACUGGAGAUGUGAGGCAGGUGUCCAUGGAAGCCCCUUACACUGAGGAGGAAGAUGAAGACAAUCAGUCUUCAUCCUCAGGAACUCUCACAAGCAGUAUUCCAGAGGACCCAGAUGAGACAAUAGAGGAGGAAGAUGUUAAGACAGGCGCUGCCUCUGCUGUAACAGAGUGUGUCACUAAGGAAUCAUCUCCUGAAGAAGUAGUUGAUUUUCCUGCAAUUAAGCAUGUAAUACAGGACACUGACACAGGAAGUUGUUUACUGGAGCCUUCUGGCUUCUCUGAAAUGCCUGGCAUAGACAGCAGACCAGUUACUGAAGAGACAAUUUCCCUACCUGCACUAACAUCCCAACACUUAAAAGAAUUUACAAAUGAUAGUUGUCUGAAGCCUGACAGUGCAAAUAUAGCUAAGGAAACGCAAAACGAGUGCACAGAAACCAAGCUGACUGAAGCAGUACCAGCAAAGCCAGGAAUAUGCUCCGAAAUCAUCAUGUUAAAAUCAAGAGAUGCCAGUGAAUUGAUUGAAGAUUCUGAAUCUGUAGAUCAGAAUGAAGUAACUGUAAACACAGAAACGGGUACACGUGAUCAAGUGAAAACAACAGCUGCAAAGCCACCCGACACAGAGGCAGUAAAUGUUACUGAUGGUGACCAGACCCAGACAGAUACUAAACCCAUAGACGCCGCAGCUCCUCUUUUGCUCUCCCGGCAGCUUAUAGAAUGUGUGCCACAGGAAGAUACACUGGAAAUACAGAGAGAUCUGAUUGAGGCCAUCAUUCACGAGAGCAGCAGCCAGUCUCAAGAACACACAUUUCAACACACAGCAACUCUCAGCGAUCUGUCUGAAGGAGGAGGUGAAGAUCAAGAGAGUUUAGUCCAGCCUCUCACCUCGUUGAAGGAAACUUCGGAGACCCUUGGAUCAUGUCAGGAUAUCAGCUAUUUCGAGACGAGACAGCAUCUGUCAGAGAUUCCGGUGUCUGCAUUGAAUGCCAGUGAAUCACAGAUGGGAGACUCAAAAAAACUCCUCAAGGACCUUUCAAGCAUCAAGAGUCUGCAAAGCGACACAUGGACUUUGGUGCUUGAGCGGCGGAGAUUAGUGGGACAGAAUAAUGUUGAUCUCCAGAGAUGUUCUGAAGCUCUUCUGAACGGUCUGCGGGGUCUCCAGGCACUGGGCUUUGAGCGGCUGCUGCGCAGUCAGGAUGCACAGCCACGAAACUGCAGUCAGCUGCACAGUCUGCUCACAGAACACAAGAAAUGCUUCCAAGAUUUGGGGCAGAACCUUGUAAUGGUGAAGCUGCAAUACCAUAAGCUGCCAGAGGGGGCACUGCAGGCCCAAGCAGAGGUGGCGCAUUUAAUAUCAGCUCUACAGGAUCAAGCACAAACUCAUGGUGUCCGAAUGCAGCACAGCUUAGAGGAGUGGUCUCGGUACGAGGAGGUCACUGAGAGACUGGGUAAGCAGUUGGAUGAGAUGGAGACAAACAUGUCCAGUCUGGAUUCAGAGCUAGAGGGAGACCUGCAGGGACAGCUGCAGUCCUAUGAGAGAUUGCAGAAGGUCCUGGAAGACACAAGGCCUCAGGUGUGGGAGAUCCAAGACCGACUCAGGAUCCUGCAAGAAAAGGGGUGUUGCCGUGAGCGGCCAGGCCAGCCUGUACCAAAAUCACAGAUCAGUAAUGAACCCACCGAUCGCAAUGAGCACAUCCUGUUUGCUGAGCAGCUGGGAGCUCUCAGUCUGAGUUGGCUUAUUCUACAGGUCAAAAUUGACAGCAUGAUUCAUGAUGUUGAGGACCAAUGGCAGACCUGCACAGACAGAGAAAAGCGUUUGUACUAUAUGCACACCUGGAUCUCUCAAUGUAUGGAAUGGGUGAAAAACAGCUGGCGACCAGAGAGCUGCUCACAGAUUGAGCAAACGUUACAGGAGUGUGAGGAGACAGAGGAAAGGCUGCAGGUGAAGUCCUCUGAGCUGAAGACUUUGGGAGCUCUUCACCUGUUCGGGCAGCAGGACGGUGAACAUCCUGGAGAUCAAGCAUUCUCCAAACAGGUGAAUUCAGCCAUCCAGGACUGCCAAGCUUUGAGUCAACAGAUAAAUGCUCUCAAGUCAGGUUUACAGCCAAUCAAAGAUGAAUGGACUCACUUUGAAUCUAAAAUGAGUGCAGCAGAACUGCAAACAACCGGGGUGCUCUACAAGCUGGAGCUCUGCAGAGUUCCUGUGUUCUCAUCUGAGCAGAGCCAAAGUCAUGUGGAGCAUCUGCAAGAGCUUGAAGGGGAGCUGAACCGAUCAGAGACCUGGACCCAGUUAACUGAGUUGUUUUCUGACUUGAAAGACAAACUCAACCCUUAUGCGUCUGAACUUUUGUCUGAUCGUCUAGAGAAAGAGAGAACUCGACAUCAAGCAGUGACUGAAGAUGUGCAUGCAGAUUUACUGAAGGCCCAGAAUGCAUUGCGGCUUUGGCUGGAGUAUGAGCGUCUCACGGGAGAGUGCUGCGUUCAGCUAAAUCAGCACUGGGAGAGGCUUGGAGAGCUUAUGAGUUCUUCAGACAGAGAAGAAAACACUGUAGAGCUGCUCAACAGCAGGAUGCAGGGCAUCAGUGCUCUGGAGAAAGACAUGCCGGCCUUGCAAAGCAGUGUGGGAAAAAUCCUGGAGGCCUCGAAGCUUCUCAUUGGGCAGAUGAAACCCCAGUCAGCCCCUCUAAUCAAAUCAGAAACAAGGUUGCUAUCACGUGACCAUGCAUAUCUUGGCAAGGCACUUUCUGACAUUGGGGCACAAGUUCAGGAGGAGCUGGAGGAGCACUGCAGUUUCAGCACUGAGUUGAAAUCAAUGGAGCAACAACUUAAAAACUUUGAGAGCAUUAUGACCUCCUCUGCUACAAGCAUGGAUCGACUAAAGAUGGUUCUGUUAGAUCUGAGUGGGCUGAACCCUAAACUUGCUGCUCUGAAUGAAACGAGUUUCAGACUCUCCUUAAGCCCUACAGAGGAAGAGAGGUUACAGUCCCUCAACGCACAGUGGGUUCAGGUCUUCUCUCAGGCUUCAGACCGACACAGGAAGAUGUAUGGAGAGCUGCUGCAUGCUCAGAACUUCCAACAGAAGUGCCAGUGCUGGAUGGAGUUCCAGGACAAAAUCAAGGCUGGGUUAUCCAAUCAGACGUCUGGAAACUGUGCUGCUGUAAAAGAGCAGCUAGCUGCACAUCAGAAGCUGAAAGUGGAGGUCCUCCUCAGCCAGCAGCUGGAUGCCAUAAUCAGUGAGGGUUUGCACUUCCUGGAGAGCAGUCAGAAUGAGGACAGGAGUCAUCUGAUUCUGAGAGUCACCCAGCUAAAGGCACAAUGGCAGGGGACACAGCAAAGGGUCCAGCAGCAUGGCAGAUGUUUGGAAGGGCUGAUGGGACAGUGGCAACUCUAUGAGGCCGGCUCAGGGAAACUUUCAAAGUUACUCAGACACAUCGAAGAACUUCUGCCCCUAGCAGGACUUGCGCCGUGCAGCUUACAGCAAGUCCAAUGCGCUAUAAAAAACUUUGAGUGGACAGAGGAGCGACUACAGCUUCAUGAAGAACUCUACAAGCAGACUGUGGAGGCAGGGGGACACAUCCUAAUACUAACAGAUGCGCAGACGCAGACACGCCUGCAGACUGAACUGGAUGCUCUCAAAGAGAUGUGGGAGAGAAGCUGUGGCCUUGUGAUCUGUGAAACUGGCCUGGCUGAUAGUGCUCUCAAACUGAAAGAGAUAAAAGCAAGACUGAAGAGUCCGUUGCCAGAGAAGCUAGAAGAUCUAAAGUCACACAUGCAGCUCAUCAAGGAAAAGUUGGCAUAAAAUAAAGAAAAAACAUUUAUUAACCAAUGAAAUGUAGGCAAGUUUGUGAUGGCAUUGUGCAGAUGGUUAUUUCGCAAACAGGAAAUAGCUGAUCGCCUGAAUGCCUGGAUCAUCUUCAAUGAUAAAAACAAGGAGCUCUGUGACUGGCUGACGCAGAUGGAGAAAAAAGUGGCACAUAGGGGUGAAAACCUUAGUAUUGAGGAAAUGGUGGAGAAACUUAAAAAGGACUGUAUGGAGGAGAUUAAUCUCUUCAGCGAGAACAAGAGCCACCUCAAGCAGCUGGGCGAGCAGCUCCUAUUGGCCAGCGACAAGGCUAAGGAGGCAGAGAUUCACGGGGCCUUGCGCGAUGUCAACGACCGCUGGCAGCACCUGUUCGACCACAUUGAGACCAGGGUGAAAAAGCUUACAGAAACCCUGGUGACAGUGCAGCAGUUGGAUAAGAACAUGAAUAACCUUCGCUCUUGGCUCACUGGCAUUGAAGCUGAGCUGGCCAAACCCAUUCACUACAGUAUCUGCCAUAGAGAUGAGAUCCAAAAGAGACUGACUGAGCAACAGGACCUGCAACAUGACAUCGAGCAGCACACUGAAAGGGUGGCAUCUGCUCUCACCCUGUGUGACGUGCUUCUGCACAAUGAGGAUGCCUGCAGCAGUGAUGGAGAGAAUGACUCCAUCCAGCAGACCACGCAGCGCUUGGACCAGCGCUGGAGAAAUAUCUGCUCCACGUCUCUGGAGAGGAGGCUGAGGAUUGAGGAGACGUGGCGACUGUGGUGUAAAUUUCAGGAGGAUUACUCUUCCUUCGAGGUCUGGCUGAACGUGGCUGAGCGCUCUGCUGCUGAACCCAAUUCAUCAGACAUUGUGUACACUGAUGCCAAAGAGGAACUUCAGAAAUAUGAGGUUUUCCAAAGGCAAGUGCAUGAGAGUCUGACCCAGCUGGAAAUUAUUAAUAACCAGUACAGACGACUAGCGCGGGAGAAUCGGACCGAUGCAGCCAGCAGACUCAGGGCCAUGGUGCAUCAGGGGAACCAGCGCUGGGAUGCGCUCCAGAGGAGAGUGGCUGCAAUACUACGCAGACUCCGGCAUUUCACAAGUCAGAGAGAAGAGUUUGAGGGAACCCGCGAGAGCCUCCUCGUCUGGCUGAAUGAGAUAGACCUCCAGCUGACCAAUGUAGAGAACUUCUCAGAGAGCCAUCUCCAAGACAAGAUGAAACAGCUGAAGAGUUUUAAGAAAGAGAUCACUCUGAACACCAAUAAGAUUGAUGCUCUGAUCGUUUUUGGGGAGGGUCUGAUUCAGAGGAGCUGUCCUCAAGAUGCUGUUGUGAUAGAAGAUGAGUUAGAGGAACUGCACACAUACUGUCAAGAGGUGUUCGGCAGGGUGGCCCGAUUCCACCAGCGCCUCACCAGUCUCCGCCCGCUGGACGUCAUUGAUGGUGAGCAGUCCAGAGGGACACUGGCCACCCCCUCCUCCAGCCAGCCCUCCAUGUGCCUGCUAUUGCCACCUCAGGAGCACUCGGGCCGUGAAACCCCCGUCAGUGUGGAUUCCAUCCCUCUGGAGUGGGACCACACCGGGGACGUUGGCGGCUCUUCUUCACAUGAUGAGGAAGAGGAUGCUGCCUUCUUCUCUGCCCUGUCAGGACAGAAUUGGCACUUUCAAAAUACACCUGAAGGGAAAUCCUUCCAGCUGAACUCCUCCUCACCUACACACAGCUGCACUCCUUUUAAACAAGACUACGUCCAGCUGAUGUCUGAGUGCAGCGGCAGCAUUAAGAGUGUGAAGAAGGUUUCUAUGAUCCUGGAUGAUGAGGAACAGCAGGAGGAACAAGGCCUCACUGCCCUCAACACUGCAGACAAACAGUCAGAUGACCUGCAACAUGACAUCGAGCAGCACACUGAAAGGGUGGCAUCUGCUCUCACCCUGUGUGACGUGCUUCUGCACAAUGAGGAUGCCUGCAGCAGUGAUGGAGAGAAUGACUCCAUCCAGCAGACCACGCAGCGCUUGGACCAGCGCUGGAGAAAUAUCUGCUCCACGUCUCUGGAGAGGAGGCUGAGGAUUGAGGAGACGUGGCGACUGUGGUGUAAAUUUCAGGAGGAUUACUCUUCCUUCGAGGUCUGGCUGAACGUGGCUGAGCGCUCUGCUGCUGAACCCAAUUCAUCAGACAUUGUGUACACUGACGCCAAAGAGGAACUUCAGAAAUAUGAGGUUUUCCAAAGGCAAGUGCAUGAGAGUCUGACCCAGCUGGAAAUUAUUAAUAACCAGUACAGACGACUAGCGCGGGAGAAUCGGACCGAUGCAGCCAGCAGACUCAGGGCCAUGGUGCAUCAGGGGAACCAGCGCUGGGAUGCGCUCCAGAGGAGAGUGGCUGCAAUACUACGCAGACUCCGGCAUUUCACAAGUCAGAGAGAAGAGUUUGAGGGAACCCGCGAGAGCCUCCUCGUCUGGCUGAAUGAGAUAGACCUCCAGCUGACCAAUGUAGAGAACUUCUCAGAGAGCCAUCUCCAAGACAAGAUGAAACAGCUGAAGAGUUUUAAGAAAGAGAUCACUCUGAACACCAAUAAGAUUGAUGCUCUGAUCGUUUUUGGGGAGGGUCUGAUUCAGAGGAGCUGUCCUCAAGAUGCUGUUGUGAUAGAAGAUGAGUUAGAGGAACUGCACACAUACUGUCAAGAGGUGUUCGGCAGGGUGGCCCGAUUCCACCAGCGCCUCACCAGUGGUAUUAUACUGGACGUCAUUGAUGGUGAGCAGUCCAGAGGGACACUGGCCACCCCCUCCUCCAGCCAGCCCUCCAUGUGCCUGCUAUUGCCACCUCAGGAGCACUCGGGCCGUGAAACCCCCGUCAGUGUGGAUUCCAUCCCUCUGGAGUGGGACCACACCGGGGACGUUGGCGGCUCUUCUUCACAUGAUGAGGAAGAGGAUGCUGCCUUCUUCUCUGCCCUGUCAG